AUGAAUCAACAGCACCACCUAAAGCAGCAGCAGCAGCAGCACUACUCGGCGGGCGCCGCACCGCUGGACCCCGGCGGGCCGCUGAUGCUGCAGUUCCUGCGGUACCUGCCGCUGCUUCUGCAGGUGGCGACCCACCUCCCCGGAUUCAUCGCGGGGUUCAUCGUCGCGUGGCUCAUCUUCGUCACAGUUGUGGGGCGGUCCGCACUGUGCGACGAGUACGCGCCAGUAGCUGGCUUUCACCUCGUCGCGCUACUCCUGCUGCGCGAGCUCUUCGUCCCGUGGAAGAAGGGGCGGGAGGCACUCGCCGUGGUACGACGGCGUGUCGCGACGCAGCGCUCCUUCGCGCAGGAUGUGCAGCUGCAGUGGCGCGAGAGGUUGGACUGA